AUGAGCUGCGAGAACACGCUGCUCUGCUUUAGACAGAAGCAAAACUGUGGAGGUCUGAGCGGGAGGUGGAGGAGGAGGCAAGAGGAGGUGGAGGAGGUGGAGGAGGAGGCGGUCGAAGUGGAGAAGGAGGUAAAGGAGGAGGUGGAGGAGGAGGCGGUCGAAGUGGAGAAGGAGGUAAAGGAGGAGGUGGAGGAGGAGGUGGAGGAUGCGGUGGAGGAUGCGGUGGAGGAUGCGGUGGAGGAGGAGGUGGAGGAUGCGGUGGAGGUGAAGGAUGCGGUGGAGGAGGAGUACCUCACUCCACUUGUCCCCGGAGCAGAGCUGGUGUCCCCCCCCCCCUCACUGCCCUCACUCCCCCCUCCCCCACACGCCACAUACUCACUUAGGAUUUAUGAAUGGAGACAGGGAUAA